AUGUCUACCGAAACAAAACCGCCAUGCCCUCCCUUCACCGCCGAAACAGCGCGAAUCAAAGUCAAGGCUGCGCAGGAUGCAUGGAAUACGAAGGACCCUGAGACAGUCAAGAUGGCAUACACACCUGACUCAGUCUGGCGGAACAGGGACGUCUUCCUUCGCGGCCGCGACGAGAUUGUACAGUUCCUGAGCGAGAAGUGGUCGCGCGAAGAUGGCUAUAGACUGCGCAAAGAGCUGUUUGCCUUUUCUGACAACAGGAUUGCCGUACAAUUUUGGUACGAAUGGCACGACGAGAGCGGCCAGUGGUGGCGUACCUACGGACUCGAGGACUGGACCUUUGCAGACAAUGGUCUGAUGCGGAAGCGGCAAAUGAGCGGCAACGAUGUCAGAAUUAACGAAGACGCAAGGUGGUUCAGGGAAGGCGUCGACGUCAACUCGGUGUCCAUUGGCGAGGAGCACUGGUGA